AUGGGCGCUACAACGGAUUGGAACUUGAACGGAACAGAACUGUUACGAAUUAGAACUCCUAGUUGUUUCUUAGCGUUGCGAGUUCUAAUUCGUAACAGUUCUAUUCCGUUCCAGUUCAAAUCCGUUGUAGCGCCGAAACAAUGGUCUGAAAUUUGCAGUCCGUCUCUCGUUGGACUCCACCGACGGCCACGUGGAUCAUUUGGACGAGGCGCGUGCCCGUCUGGCCACAAUCGAUUUCACGGCGACGUCGCCGGUGGAAACGCCGACGGCCGAACGACGAAUGGACAUUCAGAUGAGCGAAGAGCACGAAAAACUGAUGGACGAGAUGAGAAACGGACGGGUUCCGAUGGGCGCCACUGUUUUCGAGCCGAGUCCAGAGAUUUUGGCUCCGUCGGCUCCAGCACCUCUUCAAGUGAGGUUUCAGGAGCCCGAUGUACCGGCUCAAGCUCCGCCCACUUCUGCAAUUGCUCCACGAGCUCCGGAAGUUCCAGUUCCAGUUGAAGCGCCGCCGCCGCCAGCCCCGCAAACUUCGAAUAUUUCAUCGCUGAUGAAAGAUUUGUUAGGACAGCAAAAUGCUGAAAGCGAUUCGGAUAGCGAUAAUCCGCCAAAGCCCGCUGUUUCACAAAAGUGAGUCUUUUUGUUAAAUUUAGUUUAAUCGAAACAGCUUGCAUUGAGCAUUCGCCCCUAGAAAGACCGUGCUUUUCGUAAUAAUUAGUAGCUGCUUCAAAAUUUCCAGAAAAUCGGCGUACGACGAAAUGAUGAGUCAAAUGCGCGGCACGUUCAGUGUCGACGACGAUGAUGAGCCGAAAUUUACGGCGAAACCCAAGCAAUCGGCAAUGUUUGGGAACGAUGAUGAGGACGAUGAUUUCUUCAAUUUUUCCUAA